ACAAAAUACUGUAUAAUAUAGCAACAAUAGUAUUUCUUCUCCUAUCUUACGCUUUCUCAAGAUUCGUAACUUGUCUUUCCAUUUUCAAUUGUUGUGAAGUUAAAGCAAUUCCCUGUUUUCCGGUUGAAGAUGGAAGGUUCUAUAGUAAGAAGAGUGAUUCCAUCUGAUAACAGUUGUCUUUUUAAUGCUGUUGGUUAUGUGAUGGACCGUGACAGAAACAAAGCCCCUGAGCUAAGACAGGUUAUAGCUGGAACAGUUGCCAGUGAUCCAGAAAAAUAUUCUGAUGCCUUUCUUGGGAAGUCCAACAAGGAGUAUUGUGAUUGGAUUCUUAACCCAGAGAAAUGGGGAGGGGCCAUAGAGCUUUCAAUAUUGGCUGACCACUACGGACGAGAAAUUGCAGCCUAUGAUAUCCAAACAACGCGCUGUGAUCUGUAUGGACAGGGAAAGAACUAUCAGGAAAGAGUAAUGCUGAUUUAUGAUGGACUUCAUUAUGAUGCUUUGGCUAUGUCCCCUGCUGACGGAGCUCCGGAGGAGUUUGAUCAGACAAUUUUUUCUGUACAGAGAGAUGGAACUGUAGGACCAGCUGAGAGGCUUGCUCUUAAUCUGGUUAAGGACCAACAAAGGAAGAGGAGCUAUACUGACACAGCCAACUUCACGUUGCGAUGUGGAGUUUGCCAAAUUGGGGUCAUCGGCCAAAAGGAAGCUGUAGAGCAUGCACAAGCAACUGGACAUGUGAACUUCCAGGAAUACAAAUGAAAGAAACAAGAAACAAAGCAAAACAUAAUCGAUAAUUUCUUUGAACCAGUGAAAACCAAUUUCAUACGACUGUCUGCAUAUGACUAGAAAGUAGAUUUCAUUUCUAAUCGAAAGGUGUGUGAUUUCUGUUAAUUUGCUGAUGCAUUGUUGUGCUAUAGAAAAUUGUUCCCCAUUUUAGACAGAACAAAGAGUAAUAGAGAUACUAGAGUGUGUAUUAGUGGAAGAAAUACAACUUUGACAUGUAUUCUUGUUGAUAUAUUUGUGACAAGUACUAUAUGCUA